CGCUGCGCAGUCAUGUUCACUGCCGAGGCGACCACUGAGGCGGCAGUCCCAGCGGAGCCCAAUGCUGCGGAAGCCCCCGGAGUCUCGGAGCGCGAGGAGCCGACGUGGGCCUGGAAAGAUGCCCCGAUCCGGACGCUGGUGCAGCGCAUCCACCAACUACAGGCUGAGCGUUCGCAGGCCUUCCGCCGCUUGGAGGACACCCCCACCUGCCGCAGAGGCCAUCGCCAGUACCUGCUCAGCGGCCCGCCCCACGACUUUCCGCGCUACCGGAGCACCGUGCACGAGGUGACCCAGAUCUUCGCUGCCGCCUCGCGGGAGGUGCUGGCGGUGGAGGCUGAACUGGCUGGGCCGCGAGCGCAGCCGCUUCUCGCCGGCCAUGUGCGCAACCUUCAGCAACUGGAGCAGACACGCCUGGCCACGGUGGCCCUACUGCAGUUGAUGGGGACACCGGAGCUGAAUGAGCAGGAAGACACCCUACAGAUGGACCAGCUGAAGAUCAAGGUAAUUAAAACCAUGGAGGCGAUCAGCGAGGUCCUCCAGGACCUCAGGUUUGAUGCAGAAUCUGCCGAGUGAUGGUGGCUCCCGAGGGACGCACUCAGGGAAAUGGGGUGGGUGGUGCCCAUCCCAGCCCCGAGCACCUUCUGGUGGGGGUUGCACCCUGCUGAGCUGCUGCCCCUCAACUUUGCUGCCCCUCCCACAAUAAAGGACCUUUUGUCCAUAACCACUCCACUGUCUCUGUGUCCUGGGGUGCUCAAUGGGGAGUGGGCCCCCAUGGGGCCAGGGAUGGCAGUUGGAUGAUUUCAUACCCAUCUCAGAUUGUAGGAAGUCUGGCAUUUGUAAUCACAUUCUCCAAGGAGUUAAGAAUCAGCUGCUUCAGAUCCUGAAGAGAAAGAGCCUGAUAGUCUGGGAGGUGAAGACUCCAUCCCCAGACUCAUUAGGAUUCCUCAUGCCGCCCCUAAAAUCCACUGUCCCCAACCCAGACCAGGCCACUCAGACUCCAAACUCACCUUCACAAUCAAGGCACCUAAAUAGCAUGUUUAUUUUAAAAGACUCUGGAGGGGUCCAGGGUGGGGGAAGUAAUGACCUCUCCACCAGGCAGGGGUUCUGGGCAGCUCAGCCACUACCACCCCCGCCAACACACCCACUGUGGCACACAUGGAGAUCAGAGCUGUUGUGGUCCUUGGAGCUCGAGUGCCCACUCCCUGAGGCAAGGGUACAGAGGUGGCUCUCAACUGGGUGUGGCCUCUAGUUCUCCAGGCUGCAGGGAGGUCAGCUCUAUCCUCUAGAGUUUAUCUGGCAGGACCUGCAAGCAAAGAGAAAGCCAGCUUAGGCAGGGGCCUUGGGAGAAGCCGGUAACAGAGCAACUAAGGUCUCAUUCAGGCCUCACACCCACCACUUUCAACUGGAUGACCUUGGGUAGGGCACUGCCCCUCUCUGGGCCUUGGUUUCUUCAUCAGAGAAGUAAGAAUAUCCAUCAUGAGGUGUCCUGCAGGUAAAGGACUUGGCACAGGGCCAGCAUGCAGUAGGCGCUCAGACAUGCUAACUAGGGUAUGUUCAUCAGACAUUCUCAGGGGGCCGGUUGCCCUUACUGAGCUAAAGACCACAGAGUCAGGCAUACAGUUAGGAGUUAAGUAAAAGCCGAUAAAGGAGCAGGAGAGUCUAUCUCAGCUUCUCCAAGGCCAAGGGUAGAGGACCACAGCCUGUGGCCACCAGGAGGGGCCCUUGUCUCCCUACCGCCAUCCACCGGGGCCCCCUUACCUCUCGCCGAGCCCCGUCUGCCCGAGGGCAGGAUCCCC